AUGCCUCUUCCUCCACUCCCUUUUGAAGUCCCAAUUGAACAUAUCAACCCACCAAAAGUUGGUCAAGGCGGUUAUGUUGGAUUCAACCCACACUCAAAAGUUCUUCCAACUGGCUGGAAGUUUGAUCAUCCCGACGCAAAGCCUCUAAACUGUGAUAUCCUUGUUGAGCACGAUGUUGCCUUUACCAUGCGAGACGGUGUUAAGCUAUACGCUGAUGUCUAUCGACCACCGCAGAGUGAUGAUGAGCCUAUUCCUGCAAUUGUUUGCUGGUCGCCAUUUGGAAAGAAGUUCAACGGUCUGAUGUCACUGAGUCUUAUGGUACCGUGGAACUUGGGAAUUCCUCCCAAGACACUAUCUGGUCUUGAAAAGUUCGAGGCACCUGAUCCCAACGAUUGGGUUCCUCGUGGCUACGCCAUUGUCAACAUUGACUCUCGCGGGUCAGGCGACAGCGAAGGAGUCAUGGCCAUUAUGGGUACUCAGGAAGCCGAGGACGGCUACGAUAGCAUUGAGUGUAUAGCUAAACUACCGUGGUGCAAUGGCUCAGUCGGACUCGCUGGCAACUCACAUCUCGCCAUCGUUCAAUGGUUCAUCGCCGCUUUACGUCCCCCGAGUCUCAAGGCUAUUGCUCCUUGGGAAGGCUGUGGUGAUUUAUACCGCGAGCAAUUCGCUCGUGGAGGCAUUUACGCGGGUGAUCUCUUCGAUAAGCUCAUCGUCAAAUAUAUGCUUCAAGGUCACAAUGGAAUUGAGAGUUUCCGAGAAAUGUUCGAGAAGCAUCCUCUAGCCAACGACUGGUGGAACGACAAGCGUCCAGAUAUGAAAAAGAUCAAUAUCCCAACCUACAUCACAGGAACUUGGACGAAUACUAUGCACGGUAUGGGCGCUAUUCGCGGCUGGCUCGAGGUUGAUACACCUCACAAGUGGCUUCGAUGGCACCCAUGGCAGGAAUGGUAUGACAUCUGGGGCAACGAACAGGCCAACCCAGAGUUGUUGGAUUUCUUUGACUAUUUUCUGAAGGGAAAGAAGAACGGUUGGGAUAGCACACCCCAGGUCCGCAUGGCUGUGUUGAGAUUCGGAAAGAAGGAGCCUCAGUCAUAUGAGAAUAUCGUCGAAGAGGACUUUCCACUCCCAAGAACAAACUACAAGAAGCUGUUUUUCACAACAGAAGGCCAGCUAUCCCUCGACAAGCCGAAUCAGUCAUCGUAUUUGAGCUACAAGUCUGAAACCGAUGAUAGAGUCGGUUUCACUUAUAGAUUCGACAAGACAACAAGAUUGGUCGGUAUGCCUAAAGCUGUGGUAUACAUGUCCUGUCCCGACUACGACGACAUGGACGUUUAUGUCCUGCUCGAGAAGCUCGACGCUAACGGAAAAGUCAUGCUGAACCUCAACAUUCCUUGGAAGGGUAUCCCCAAGCAAUCCUUCGAAGAGAUGGAUGACAAGGAGAAGAUCGAGGUGGUGAUUUAUCGUGGGCCGAUGGGUGUUCUUCGAGCGUCUCAUCGUGAGAUUGACGAGAGCAAGAGUAUGCACCCACACUGGCCUUUCCAUCCCCAUGAAAAGGAAGAGAAGGUGAACCCUGGUGAUAUUGUCAGGCUCGACAUUGGUAUCUGGGCGAUGGGUAUUGAGUAUGAGGCGGGAGAGUCGAUUCGAGCUGUUGUUUGUGGUCGGAACUUGGGGGUGAGCAACUUUGGCAGCUUGGAACAUUUGGAUAACAAGGGAACGCAUAAUGUUCAUUGUGGUGGAGAGAACGCUAGUCAUGUAAUUCUGCCAUUUGUUUAA